CCAAAACAUAGAUUGAAAAGAAAAAAGUGUUAUGGAUUCAUCACCAAACGUAGAAGAACAUAAUAUUAGAAGAAUCCGAGUUCUACUGUUUCCAUGGUUAGCUCAUGGACACAUAUCUCCAUUCUUGGAACUAGCUAAAAGAUUCGCUCAAAGAAACUUCAACACUUAUCUUUGCUCUACACCCAUAAACUUAUCUUCCAUUAAAGAUAAACUCAGUCGUGAUCAACAACCCGAAAAUACGUUAAUCCAACUAAUAGAACUUAAUCUUCCUUCACUUCCAAAUCUUCCUCCUCAUUACCAUACAACAAAAUCACUCCCACCUCAUCUUAUGCAAACUUUGAAAAAAGCCUUUGAUUUAUCAGCACCAUCUUUCAGUGACAUACUUUCUACUAUUAAACCGAACUUACUUGUUUACGAUUUCAUUCAACCAUGGGCUCCAAGUCUAGCUUCUCAGUUGAACAUCCCAGCAGUCCAACUGUUAACCACUGGUGCAGCUUUUACGUCCUUCUGUUUUCACCUCUAUGAGAAAAGUCCAGACACUAAGUUCCCGUUUCCUUCGCUUUAUAUCCCCAAUUAUGUAAACCGUACAUUUAUCGAGCGUGCUUCUAGUCCCGAAGGUAUCGAAGACAGAUAUCGUUUUACUCAGUGUGUCGACAAAUCGAUAGACGUAGUGUUGAUCAAUACUUUUAAGGAGAUUGAAGAAAAAUAUCUAGAUUAUCUCUCUUGUGUGUAUGGAAAAGAAUUUGUACCCAUUGGUCCUCUUGUUCAAACCGAUACUGAUAGUACUAGUUGUGAAAUGAACAAGUUUAGUGAAUGGCUUGUUAACAAAGAGAUUUCAUCAGUGGUAUUCGUGUCAGUUGGUACAGAGUAUUUCAUGUCAAAAGAAGAGAUACAAGAAGUUGCUUAUGGUUUAGAGCUCAGCGAAGUGAAUUUCAUAUGGGUUAUUAGGUUUCCUGAUAAUCAUGAAGGAGAUGUUGGUCUGGCUCAAGUUUUACCAAAAGGGUUCAUGGAGAGGAUUGGGGAGAAAGGAAUUGUAGUGGAAAAAUGGGCACCACAAGCAAAAAUACUAGGGAGUAGCAAAAUUGGAGGAUUUGUGAGUCAUUGUGGAUGGAAUUCAGUGUUGGAGAGUAUGAAAUAUAGUGUUCCUAUAAUAGCCAUGCCAAUGCAUCUUGAUCAACCAGUAAAUGCAAGAUUGGUGGUGGAGCUUGGUUUGGGUGUUGAGGUUAAGAGGGAUAAGGAUGGGAAGUUGGACAGAAGAGAGAUAAGAGAAGUGAUUAGAAAGGUGUUGAUGGGAAAAGAAGGAAUGGAAGUCAAAAGGAAUGCUGUGGAAAUGAGUGAGAUGAUGAGACACAAGGGAAAUAAAGAUAUUGAGCUACUAGUGCAGAAAUUUGAAAGGCUCUGUGACAAAGGAAGAACAAGAAAUGAACAGUGACAAG